UACGGAUUCAUCACGUCGUGGCUGGGCUCAGCGUCCGGAAGUUUGAUUGAAACGUUUCUUCGGAAAGUCGGAGUUGGGAAGUCCCAGACCAUGAACUACGUGGGACAGUUAGCGGAGACAGUCUUUGUUACAGUAAAGGAGCUUUAUCGAGGCCUGAACCCUGCUACCCUCACUGGUGGCAUUGAUGUUAUUGUAGUACGGCAGCCGGAUGGCAGUCUCCAGUGCUCACCGUUCCAUGUGCGCUUCGGAAAACUGGGAGUCCUGCGCUCCAAGGAGAAAGUGGUGGACAUUGAGAUCAAUGGCGAGCCUAUUGACCUGCACAUGAAACUGGGGGACAAUGGAGAGGCAUUCUUUGUCGAGGAAAAUGAAAACUUGCAGGUUGGUGUGCCGGCACACCUCUGCACUUCACCCAUCCCCAUUGAGGUUCCAGAGUUUUCUGAGGUGGCCGAGUCUCCUGCUAGCACCAAUUCAUCUUCUGCCACCCGAAGGAAAAAGCGAAGAAAGAAACGAGCACGCUCUGACACACACCUGCGUGAAGAUAGCAGCUCAUCCUCAGAGGAGAGGGACACUUCAGAGCAGGACCUUUUUAAUGAGGAGUCUGUAUCACUUAUGGUGGCAAGUAAGUCUGUGUACUACUCUCUUUCUGAAGAGCCGAGUGAUGACCUCAAUGGAGGUCCGACCAUAGAGCUGCAUCCGCACUCAGAUGGAGAGUGCUCUCCUAAUGAGAGCCUGUUUUAUAGUCGGCCCUCAUCUCCUAAGAGUGACUCAGAGUUGCUGGUGAAGCCUCAGGAGACAUCGGGUCCUCAGAUGCAAUGGAAUUGGGGUGGUUUUCCCAAGGUUUGUCAGACAGAACGAACUGGACCUGAACCUCCACGCACACCCUCCUGCCUUCCCAUGCCCUCGGAUCAUUCCCAUUUCCGCACCAUCCGCCGCCAAUCCUCAUUCGAAAUGGAGCCUUCUGACCUGGAAACUGUAACUGUGGUGAGGCCCGAACCUCGGACUUUCGUAGCAGAGCCCUGUCCCUCAGAUAACCUACCUACAGUUUCCCACUCCACCCCAAAUAACACCUCAGAAUCUUCCUCACCCACACAGCAGGAUUUCCCGCUCAUGCUUCCGCAUCUGGAGACACUAAAGCUUGUGGACAGUUCUGACCAGCCUCCGGUCUCAGGGCUGGACACCCAAACUGCCACUGAUUGCACAGCUAACUCCAGCAGCACAGACUGUGAUUCAAGCACAAGAACAGCUAAUCCAGAUAACACUGCCAAAACCACUGGCCAGACUAAUACAGCUAACUUGAUCAUUUCACACAACAUUGGCAAAAACUUCAGGGAUAAAAUUGUAAUUUCAAAUUGUCCCAACAGCCAGUACAACAGCGCUGACACAGCUGCUCCAACUGGAUUAGUAGGUGGGAUUAGUUUAGGUCCAUCGGGAACAAUGGCAACAUCUCCUCCCUGCACAGGCAGUGCCUUUACCCAACCUGUUCACCUGAGCCCAGGAGAAAGGGCAGCUGUGAUGGAGCGAGACAGCGGCAUUGAGCCUUUCGCAGAAGGACUUGCUGAGGAAGAGGGAGGUAUAGGAACAGAGAACUCGCUAACCAAGAGGAAUGUGACAACAGUCAUCCAGGUAGAGGAGCAACCUGGCUGUUCUCAGUCCACAUCUAAAGCAGCAGAAUCACCAGAAAAGAAAAAGGGCAAGCGCAGCCAGCAUUUGGGACCAGCAGACAUCUACCUAGAUGACUUGUCCAACCUCGAUCCUGAAGUGGUCGCACUUUAUUUUCCCAAAAGUGAAAGUGAAUCUCGGCCUGGUGCUGAUCUCCACACUCCCAGAGUUUCCCCACAGUCUGGCCAGCAGUCUCCUCAGUCUCUGGGCAGUGGCAAUGUGGACAGUGGGACAGAGUAUCUGUCAGAUUCCACUACAGACUCCCUAGAUGUCACCAUGUCUCUGUGUGGGACUGAGGGCCAAAACAGGCAGAUAAAGAAAGAGAAGUUUAUGGAGCAUAUUGUGAAGUAUCAAGACCUUGUUGACAAUCCUGGAAUUGUGGACGAUCCAAACCUUGUGAUCUGCAUCAACUCAAACUAUUACAACUGGGCUGUUGCUGCUCCAAUGGUUCUGUCAAUGCAAGCUUUCCAGAAGAAUUUGCCAAAGAGUACAAUUGAACAGCUGGUAAAGCACAAGAUGCCCAAGAAGUCUGGCCGCUGGUGGUUUUCCUGGAGAAGAAGAGACAUGGGCAAUAACCAGCCAAGUUCAAAACCUGAUUCAGAAGAAAACCAAAUAGACGCUUCUUCUUCUGCUCGUCCCGGACCACCCUUACUAAAGAAGCAUUCUGGUCAGUUAUCCAGUGAUGAUGAUGGAUCUGAUUCUGUGAAGCAAAAUAUUGUAGCUGAAGCCAUGGCCACUGCCCAGUGCCUGAGUCAGAUUUACCGGAAGUCACUCCGUCUCACCUCCAAGCAGAUAGAGCGGCUUAAUUUGCGGGAUGGAGCCAACAAGAUCGUGUUUAGCGUGACCACUCAGUACCAAGGCACCUGUCGUUGUGAAGCAGCCAUCUACCUGUGGAACUGGGAUGAUAAAAUCAUCAUCUCAGAUAUUGAUGGGACCAUCACCAAGUCAGAUGCAUUGGGUCAUAUUCUGCCACAGUUUGGGAAAGACUGGACCCACCAAGGCAUCGCCAAGCUAUACCACAAAAUACAUCAGAAUGGCUAUAAGUUCCUGUACUGUUCAGCUCGUGCCAUAGGCAUGGCAGACAUCACCAAGGGCUACUUGCAGUGGGUCAAUGAUAAAGGCAUUGUACUGCCUAAAGGACCUGUUUUACUUGCUCCUAGCAGCUUGUUCUCAGCAUUGCACAGAGAGGUGAUUGAGAAGAAGCCAGAGGUUUUUAAAAUCACAUGUCUAACAGACAUCAGAGACCUGUUUAACCCAGGAAGACAGCCGUUCUAUGCUGCUUUUGGCAACAGAACCAAUGAUGCAUUUGCAUACAAGAGGGUCGGGGUACCAGAGAUGCGAAUCUUCACUGUGAAUCCUAAAGGAGAACUGAUUCAGGAGAAUAGCAAAGGCCGCAAGUCAUCGUAUACUCACUUAAGUGAGUUGGUGGAGCACGUCUUCCCGUUGAUCUGUAAAGGCCGACCUACAUCGUUGGAUUACCCAGAAUACAGCCACUUCUCCUACUGGAGAGAGCCCCUACCAGAACUGGACCUCUCCUCACUUUAGACUUUCACAUCUUUUCAAUUUCUUUCUCGAUUAUUUAUCUCUGCACACUAUUUCAGUGACAUACUCUGUACCUGGCUCUCAGAUUCACCUUUAUUUUACCAUGACUAUAACACUAAGCAAUUGCAUGAAGCCAUUGGCUGAUGGAAUGCAGACAGACUUUUUUUUAUCUUUGAUAGUAUGCAAAAACUAAAAGAAAUGAACUGUAUCAGCUGUAUGAACUGUAUAAUUAUAUGAUGGUGGGGAAA